AUGGGAGGUUUCCAGGGCCUACAAUCUAUGCUAGAGAAGGAGACAGAGUUAUCGUCAAUGUCACAAACCAUGCAAAAUAUAACAUGUCCAUUCAUUGAUACAUUUGCAAUGGAGGUUGAAUCAGGGAAGACAUACCUGCUAAGAAUCAUCAAUGCUGCCCUUAAUGAUGACCUUUUCUUUGCGAUUUCGGGUCAUAACAUGAUGUUAGUCGAGGUUGAUGCGAUCGCACCGGGGCAAACGACCAACGUUCUCGUACGAGCCAAAUGUUUGGCCGGCAGAUAUUUCAUGGCUGCUAGGCCUUUCAUGGAUGCACCACUUCCAGCUGACAACAAAACAGCAACAGCAAUACUCCAAUACAAAGGAAUUCCCAACAUUGUUCUUCCUACACGUCCCCAAUUACCGGCUUCCAACGACACCGAUUUCGCUUUGAGCUACAACAAAAAGCUAAGGAGCUUAAACUCAGCUAAGUUCCCUGCAAUUGUGCCCCUUAAGGUUGAUAGAAAACUCUUCUACACAGUCGGUUUCGGUAAAGAUCUGUGCACGACAUGCGUAAAAGGAACGAGACUAUUAGCUUCAUUGAAUAAUAUCUCCUUCGUGAUGCCCAAAAUCGGACUUCUCCAAGCUCAUUACUUCAAUACGAAAAGGGUUUUUAGGACAGAUUUCCCAGACAAACCUCCAAAGCCAUUCAACUACACAGGUGCACCCCUUACUGCCGACCUUGGCACUGCACAUAUGGGACAAGGCUAA